AUGGCUAUUCAAUUGCAGACGUUGGAAGCAGAUGAAACAAUUCUGGAAACUAUUUGGUCAAGCUUCAUCACCGGCAACGCCCCGAAAUGCUCUCAGCCCGGCUCAGAAAGAGGCGAAGCACAGCUUGCAAUGCUAGAGAGGCUUCCGAGCCUUGGCAGAUGGAUAUCCAUGGGAGCCGAAAGCUGGGAAGAGCUUCUUGGUGGGAUCAUAUCAUCUGAUGGCUGCAGAAGUGCUUCCCCCACAAAUUCAGCAACGCAACACUGCUUAUCACCGACAGCUGAAUGUCCAAAAGCAGAAAAAGUAGCUUCUUCCAGCAAUUACAAGGGGGUAAGGAGGAGGCCAUGGGGAAAGUUUGCAGCAGAGAUAAGGGACCUAUCGAGAAGAGGCGCACGAGUUUGGCUCGGAACUUUUGAAACUGCUGAAGAAGCAGCUCUUGCCUUUGAUGUUGCUGCUUUGAGAAUGAGAGGUCCUCGGACUCGCCUAAAUUUUCCACUAGAGGUAGUGGAAAGUGCAUCUUCAGAAGCCACCUGGAUUGAAAAGCCACAAAGAAGUGCUUCUUCUACUUGUCCUGCUUGUCCACUGUAUGGAUUCACUGUAACAAGUCAGAAAAGUAAGAGGCGAAGGAAAAGGAAAUGGAAUUAUACUGAGGAGGUUGUUCAUGAAGUACCAGCACAGAAGAGAACCAGCUGCAUCCAGGAGAUUGUAAGUACCCAAACAGACGUCGUGGUUUUGCAAGACCUUGGUAGUGAAUACUUGGAAAGGUUAUUGUCUUCUUAACAAUAGGAAAAAAUAUGUUUCCAAAGUACAAAAGCAAUAAGUUGAAAUAUAACAUGUUUAGCUAGCAAAUUAUAAUUGUUAUGAGACUGUUUAAUGCCUUCGUUAUUUCUACUGUCAGGAUUAGCUAAGUUCUGAUGGUUCACAAUAUGUAACUAUUAUGGUCAGUUGAUGUAGAUAAUCUUAAUUUUACAUGCAAUAUAUAAAACAACAGCAACAACCACAACAGCAACAACAACAGCAACUAAUCCUUUAAUCCUAAUUUAAUUCGGAGUUGGCCACUCCCAUAAAAUACACUUGUGCCAAGUCUUGUAAUAAAGUAAACUUUAGUCAAUAUCUUUGGAGAAUCUCACAAAGAAUUAUCAUCAUCACCGCAAU